AUGGACUACACAGCGGGUUUUUCAAUAUGGCUGCAGGAUGCCAUCGGCCAGAUGAUUGGCUACCUGCUUGCCACCCUGUUCUUCGCAUCUGUCUUGGUUAUGACGGUGGCCACGGUCAUCAUUCUGGCAUUAAGUUCCUUGUUCUCGCUGCUGAUCCACGAUUAUGUCAGCAACUCGACUGAGCUGGCAUCUCUGGCGUGCGUCGGGUCGAUGCUGCUGAUCCCGGUGCUGGCCCGUGGCAACCGAGAUGCCUCCCUCGUGGACAUUGCGGCCCUGCUGUCCGGCUCGUCAUUGUUGAUGGGCGUUAUCGCGGCUAUGCUCGGGCACUACAGCAUGCUGCUGCUUGCAGCUCUUUGCGUUCUUUGCGGUGUACCUCUGGCAGUGUGCUGGUGGAGUAUGUGCAUGAUUUUUCCGGACUGGAUGCGGGAGCUCUGCGUGGAUCUUUGGUCUCAACCGUGGCGGAAUGCAGCUGCGGAGCCAUUGUUGGCCACAGAGCCCGUGCCGGAACCCGAAAAGGUUCCGGACCUGGAGAGCUUGAUGGAGGCCUUUUUCCUGCGCUGCUACCUCGCUGGAAGAGAGCUCAUGAAGCGAGACGAGCUCUGGCUGACGAGGGAAGACCUGGAAGAGAUGAUGCCUGGUGUAGUCGUGGGGCUGCCCGCGGUUGCCUUGCUCCAGAUCGUCCAGGAAUCACUGGAGUUCGGCUGCACGGAAGGCUUCCGAUUGUCUGAGGGCCUCGCAGUGACGGAUCACAACCGACCUGCUGUGCGUGGUGCGGCUGAAGCAUACAGAUGGGCUCUCGAGGCCAAGAAGGCCCUGGCAGAGUUACGUCCGGAGAUGGCAGAAUCACUCUUUAUCGAGGCGAGGGUGCUCUGGGAGGACACGGAGGCCCCAGCAUCGUCCUCCUUUAAGGAGGGGAUCAAGGUCGCCGCGCGCAGUGAUAUUCGACGGAGGACCUCCCGGCUCAUUGGCUUCCUGGGUCUCGGUCGAACUCUGCCUGCGGGACACACGGGCCACGUGCUACGUGUUCUGGCUCCUAGCGUCGUCGAAGUGCAGUGGGACGGCAGCGAUGCCGUUUGCAGCCGACAUAGCAUCCGCGACUUAGCGUUGGAAGAGUCUUCACCAAGACAGCUGAAGGCCGCUGCGAGAGGCGAACCCAUGGACGCACAGCGCAGGCAACUUGCAGUCCAAGCGGCUGGACGCCUUCGCUCUGUUGCACUGUUUUUCACGCGGAUGCCCUUCUUUCAGCAGCAUUUCCGCACCAAAGUAGUCGAGCCGCUUAUCCGAGGACACGACACCUUCUUGACUGGAGGUGCGUCGCCGGCAAGGCCGCCACCAUCGCUGAGUCGCGUGACCCAGUCUUUGGUCGCCGCAGCAGCCUGCGAAAUCGCGCGGCUGCGCACAGGCGACGAGUAG